AUGAAAGUUUACGACGAGACACUAAAUACUAAUCUCCGAGCGUAUGUUCACAUAACUAAUUUAGCAGCUCCACACCUAAUAAAAACAAAAGGCAGUAUUGUCAACAUAUCCAGCACGGCGGGCUCAUCAAUAAGUAUGUCAUCGCGUACGUUGCCCUACUUCAUAUCAAAAGCUGCUUUGGAUCAAUUUUCUCGCGGAGUUGCUCUAGAGUUAGCCCAAUACGGUGUCCGGGUGAACACUAUCAGUCCUGGACCUGUUAAAACGGAUAUACUUGAAAAUGCCAACGCUCCUAUCACAUUUGAUUCAUUCAAACAGUUGACUGCAUUUGACCGCGUAGCAGAACCCGAAGAAAUCGCCGAACUAAUUUUAUACUUAUCCAGCGAUAAAGCAAAGAGCAUUACUGGUUCAAAUUAUGUCUCAGAUAACGGAUAUCUCUUAAAGCAUUGA